AUGGGCCGUGUCCGCCGUCAAAUUAUCCACGGGCUCCGUCUCGCCCUUGCGCAUCCUAUGGGGGUGCUGACGGAGGUCGCCGUCGUCCAUGCGCAGUUUUUCAUUCCGCAAAAGGCGUUCUACAUCAUCUUGAACGUCGCAGCCGGCGGCACGUGGCCCGGGAGUCCGUCCGCGUCGACGGUGUUUCCCCAGCGCAUGCUCAUCUACAAGCCCGGUGCGUGA